AUGGAGUAUAUUACGUAUAUCGUCAUUCCUAGUAAUCGACAUGGGACUGUUUCCAUUAAGGUUCGAUGGUUCCCCCCUCUGACGGAAUGCAAUAGCCAUUGCCAUACACUGACUGAACUUAAAGCCUUAAAAAUUGGUCUCGACUUAGCCAUCGUACACAAUCUUUUACCUAUUAUUAUUGAAACUGACUCGGCGGAGGCAAUCCAACUGUUACAGCAUCCUACCAUGCCGUUUACUGAUAUUUUAUCUCAAUGCAGGUCAAUGUUGAAGAGCAUAGGGAAUCCAGCAGUACAACAUAACUUUCGGAAAGCAAACAAAGUAGCUGAUAGUUUGGCCCGUGCAAGUUUCUCCCUAUCCCAGUUUGGUGAAGUAGUUUCUCUCCGAUCUCCUUCGUCUUCAGUCGUUGUACAUCUGCAAAAUGAUGUUGAUGGUGUUUUUUGUGAUCGUUUUGUGUCCUGGUCGCUGUUUAAUAACGUUUAG